UAUACCUAAUCGUAUUUGAAAUAUGCAUGAUAUCAAGCUUUCUUCAUAACAAGCUGCAGUUGAUCACAGACACACAAGCACAGGCAGUCACACAUGAAACACAACACUGAACUGUAGAGCAGAACCAGUCACACAUACAGUAGAACUGAUGACCACUAAGCCAAUGGGCUUCAAACAACACUUUGUAUAAAGUCAUUUCUAACAGAAGUCUUACCACCUGCUUGAUAUCCACAAAUACUCUGUGAUGGUGUGUGUUCCCGCACAGUAAAACCAUCCCGCUCCCUCUUAUUAGACUGAGUCCUUGUAUGGAAGCCUCCUAAAGCCUGCCAGCAGAUUAGCAUGGCUGAUGGACGGCGGUGAGAAUAGUGAGGGAUUAGACAGAGGGGAAAGCAAGGACCAGGCCAGACAAAUGGAAAUCACAUCAGAGUGAGUUACACCAAGCAGGAGCACCACCUACCAUACCCCCUCCUCCCUUAAUCCUGUUAGGGGGCUACCAGACAGGCAGAAGACGAAGCCCUUUGCUAGCCUCCCUGCUCCUAUAGUAAUGUUGGCUGGUGCAGGCUGGAGUUGCUACCAUUGGAUGAGGAGGGAUACGAGAUGUUGUUGUUGUGUUUGGUUUUGGACAGAGAUACUGGAUGUCUGUGGAUGCAAGAGGUCCUCAUUCUUUGACAAUCAAUAGCCUUGCUGAGAUGGAAAUCUGAUGAAUGUAUGGACAAACAGCGAAACAAUCAGAAUAAAAGCAUACAAUACUUCGCUUUAGAAUUGAUUUGAAUUCUCUUUUGCUUCUAUUCACAGGUGUUAAAUCAGUACCAUUUCACCUGAUGGAUCCCAGCUAAAAUAACAUGACUUUGUAACUAACAUGUAUUUUGGUUGAUGCACAACAGGUCAGACAUUAAGUAAAAUAACUGCCUUGGUACUUUGUAGUUGUAAUGUCUAGUUUCCAGGAAAUGUUUUAAUACAAACUAAAUCAUCAAUUAGUUCCCUUUGUGCUAUAUUCUGUGUGCCAUUCUGAUUAUUAUCAGUAUAAUGAUUAUCAUUAUUAGUGGUAGUAUGGUUCUUUUCUUGUUCUUUUAUUGUAUAAAAUAAUACAACGCACUUAGCCAUACUGUUAUAAACAAGACAGUAGAUUUCUGUUGUUCCCAUCUAUUUGUGAAAGCCGCUAUGGGUGUAUUGAGAGUGAAAAAAUACAAAAGAUAGUCUUUCUAGUUUUACUAUCACUUGUAUGUACUUCACUCGACAUCUUCUUUUUCCCAUUGUCUUGUGCUCUUUUGUCUCACUCCUCUUCUCCUGUUGCCUCCUGCAGGUAUUGUUCCCUCCAGAGCUGUAGAGUCUGAUCUGUGAUGGCAAGCCUCCUGCUGCUCCUACAAUAACACGUACAGGAGAAUAUAUACAGUACAUAUCCUAAUGCAGUAAUUAUUUUUAGAUGAGCAAAAAAUUGUUGUUUUUGGGUUAGAUACACUUACAAACAGGGGUAAGUGGACAUGGAUGAGGAGCUUUUCCAUUCAUAUUUAUGGUCUGCUCUCUCUUUCUACUCGUGAGCUCAGAUGAAAGUUCUGCUCAAAAAUAACUCAUAAGCAUACAAGAGAAAGAGAAGGACUUUCUCUGACUGGCAAAGCACCAGUCCCUCUCUUUCUCUCUCUCCUCCUUCUAAUCCUGUCUGAUAUUCAUUUCCAGGCUACUCCAGGCGUAGCACAAGGGGGAAUGCACAUCAUUGGGCAUUCCUUCAUGAACAGACUGAGAGGGUGGAUAAUUCCUUGGUUUCUGUGGCAGGACAGCAGUGCACAGAGCCCCAGACAUGCUGGAAAGAAAUAUAUGUACACAGGGCUGUGUCAUACCAUGCUGAGGAAAAGCCACUUUCUUUUCCUCUCUGUUGCUGGUGCAGGGUACAGGCCUGUUGGGCGCUGACUCGGGCUGCAGGUCUAGGUUGGCUGAUGUUGUGUCUGGGCUUUAGUCAAGGUCUAUCUACAAUCAGUGGAACCUUCACACACACACCCCCAUGCUCCAUUUGCUUUGUUAGAUGGGACUGAGGCCCUCUCUAAUCCUACUCAGGGCAGGAUCGAGGGGCCACUCUCCAGUCUAUUGAUCCUUCGCUUCAUUAGGUCCCAUAACAGUCUUUAAAAGAUGUUAAUCCAGCGUGUGCUGGAUUGAUAGCAGACAAAAGCACUGUAGGAGGCUGUCUUGACAUUAACUCACACAUGUGCUUUAUGCUUUACCUGUACAUUUUCAACAUCAAGAUAUUGCAACAACUGAUGGAUGAUGGGAACAAAACCUUCACAUAUUGUAAAGUUUAUGAGGAGUUGCCAGAUUUGUAUGUCUCCUGGGCUGUAAAUGUAUGUUUCUGGUUCAAACAUCAAACAUCAUUUUCAUCUACAAACAUUACUACCACAGGUGAAAAUAAAGCAGAAAUGAAAGUUGGAGGUUCAGGUUCUUUUUUUUAAGAAGAAAAAUAUCUUGUAUUACAUGUGAGUUAAAUCACAUUUCCAUCUAAUACUACACCAAACAUUUCAUGUCAUAAAUAGAAAAUGGGCAGGGCUUUGAGACAGAGACUCAGACAGGGCUUGCCAGGACUGUUUGAAGUAAGGAAAGGGAUCACUGAGUGUUUUAUCUGGGGGACAGGAUGAUUUGAUGCUAGUAGACCUUUCAAGGGUCUUUUUUUAAAACACAGAUAAGAUGAUUGGCAAGUGGCUAGAGAGGAGUAGUCAAAACAAGCCCUGAAACAGAGAACCUCCCACCAGGAGGAGAACUGCCUUAUUUUCAGCUGACUAAACCUUAUUUCUUGAAGACUUGAUGACUUGAUGUCUUUUUGUGUAUAACAGUGUCCAAGUGUUGUCCAGAUUCUGAGAGUACACAUGCUCUUCUUUACUGGUCAUCAUCUAAAAUAUGCCUCUCCAUUAAAGGAAGAGUCCAUUAGCUUUCAGAGGACUAAUCACUGAAGAAUGCUGUAUCAGUCAGCACUAUCAGCAGGUCCUCUAGUAGAGGAAGGGUGAUGCCUCUCCAUUUUAAAAUGGAUCCUAACGACAAGAGAGAAAUGAGCAUGCCAAAUGACUAGUGUCAAGUGGACAUCCUUAUCUAUGAAAGAUGGGAAGGCUCCCCGUUGGAAUGGCUCCACUGCUCUCAAGGCAACCAGGCAGGGCUGGCACUCAGGGAGAGAGGAACUCUACUACAGGCUUCAGCCAAGGAGAGUAGGUGCUCUGAUUUUAGAAGAUCCUUCUUGUUAAGAAAUGAGACAUAAGAGUUGCUAGAAUUAAGAGAAACUCAAGAACAGAGAUUACUUUAGAUAGGUGGGGUAGUGUUCAGGGUUGUUGAAGGUGUCAGCAAGUCUGGUAGGGUAGGCGUUCAAGAGAGGGAGAGGUGGAUCGGCCCAAAGCAGACUGGUAUACCCCAGGCAGCUUGUCCCUCCUCGAGGCAGCCAUCAGCCACAAGCCACCAUGACGGAGUGGACAUUGCUAAAACGUCUCCUGGAUGCGGUCCACCAGCACUCCACUAUGAUUGGUCGCCUGUGGCUCACCGUUAUGGUCAUCUUCCGGCUGCUCAUUGUGGCCGUGGCAACCGAGGACGUAUACACCGAUGAGCAGGAGAUGUUCAUCUGCAACACCAUGCAGCCAGGAUGCUCCACUGUCUGCUAUGACACAUUUGCGCCCAUCUCACAACCUCGUUUUUGGGUAUUUCACAUCAUCAGCGUCUCCACGCCAUCCCUCUGUUUCAUCAUCUACACUUGGCACAACCUGUCCAAGCUGCCCCACAACACCAUCCAGAGGCUGGGGCAAGAGCUGAGGGAUAUCCCAGGGCAGGGAGGCCAAGGUAUAAUGCAUGACAGUGUACGGGAGCCAUAUGAUCGGAACUGCGACUCAGACAGCUGCUCCAUCCGCUCCCAUAAGCAUUUAGGUCACAGUCUGGCAGAUGUGGUGGAGGGAAUCACCACCCAGAGCCUCCAGAGGGGAGACCCUAAGAACAUAGUGUCCUUGACACAGGCCCAAGCUUGCCCCCUCAGGGAGAGGAGUGCAGAGGGUCAUGUGGUCUCUGCAGGGGUUCUGUCCAAAUGUUAUGUCUUCCAUGUGUGCUUACGAGCUGUUCUGGAAGUGGGCUUUGUUCUGGCCCAGUGGAAGCUGUUUGGCUUCCAGGUGCCUGUCCAUUUCCUUUGCACAUCUGCCCCCUGCAGCCAGCCAGUGGACUGCUAUGUCUCCAGGCCCACAGAGAAAACCAUCUUCUUGUGCUUCAUGUUUUGUGUGGGUGUUUUCUGUAUCCUUCUCAACCUGCUGGAGCUCAACCACCUGGGCUGGAAGAAGAUCCAGCAGGUGUUAAAGCUGAGGGAGAGGGCAUCCUGGGCAGGUUGCCCAGGUAUGGGGGGGGGGUAUGAAACCUUCUCUCCUGACAGCCCCUCUCUCACAUCCUCCUUAGGCUUUAGGGACAUGACCAGUACCACCUCUCUGCCCACUUUGGACCUGGUUGUGGGUCAUCAGCCAGACUGGACUUGUGCUGUGAACUGUGGCAGUGUGAGGGAGCCUGAGGAGGUCAGAGAGACUGGUCCUGAGCAAACAAAGAGACAGGAAUCCCAGAACGGAGAGAGACAGCCUCUGAAGAGUAAGAGGGAGAUCAGAGGGUCCAAGCAGAGGAGUGCUCAGGUCUGGAUAUAGUCUAUGACCAAAGGGAAAUGUGUCGCUGCCAUUUUUUUUGUACAGACCUACAGCUCUUACUUUAGAAUUCAAAGGGCGUUCAGCAAAAUUAAUAGUUUAAAGGAAUCAAUGCACAUUUUUUGCAGGGGAAAUAUUGCUGGUAAAUGUUUGAUAAUAUUUUUUAAAUGCACAAGUCAAAGCAAAUUCCAUUCACCUGCAAUUUAAUGGUGUGGAGGCAGAAAUCUCCAAGACAAUUUCAUAACCCAGAUACAUAAACCAGAAACUAUCUGCAUGGCUAGAAACAAAGACAAGGGAGAAAAUGUACUCAGUUAACAUACUUUUUAGGUCCACCUAGCUAAACUAAUGCAGACCACUCCAACAGCCCUUGCAGUAAAUCUAAAGUAAAUCCUUCAUAAAUGUUUUAAUGCUGC